AUGGCGGCGCCCGAGGCGGCGUGGAACCGCGUGGACGUGCCGUGGCCCGCUAGCAGCAGCGCGGUGGCCGUGACCGCCCAGCACCCCGCAGUGAGCUGCCUGCCGGCCCUGCGGCGGCGCUGCGUUGGCGCCCUGAAGCGGCUGUCCGGGCCGGGCCUGGCCGCCGAGGGACGCGUCUUGCGGGCCCUGCUCUACGUCUUCCACAGCAGGCUGCUGCGGCACCGGCCUUACCUGGCUAUGCAGCAGGUAGAACAAUGCUUGAAGCGCCUGUGGAAAAUGAACUUGGUGGGCUGCAUUGAAACCCUGGCAGAACUGAUUCCCAGGAAAAAUAAAGCCGAGGCCCAAGCGGAGUGCUUAGUUCCCAGCCAGUCUAUGCUGGAAACGGUGGCCGUGAAGGUGCUGGGAGGCUGUAAGCUCAUACUGCGUCUGCUAGACUGUUGCUGUAAAGCAUUUCUCUUGUCUGUUAAACAUCUCUGUUCAGAAGAAUUCAUACUUUUGAACACCGUGGCUUCAGGCUUGUUGAGCCGGCUAUGGAUUCAAUACAGGUGUGUACUGCAGAGCCUCAUCUCCCUGUAUGGCGUGGUAUCAACAUCACUUCAUCUGGUGUCUGAGACCCAGCAGAUGCCUUACAUCAAGGGAUUUACCUUCCCUUCUGAUAUCAGUAGCUUUCUUGGAGUUAACCUUUCUUCUGAGGUGAAGAAACAAAAAGCUAAAAUGCUUACAGCAAAAAGACCUACCAGCUGGCUGAAGAAGCUCUUCCCAACCACGUCAGAAGCAGUGUCAAAGGUUGGGAAAAAGAGAGGUUUUGUGACCCCUGCAAGUGCUGUGAAAAACCACAGCAUCCCUGCGGAUGACAUUGGAGAACCCGUUCUGACAACCAGAGACAGCAGAGGGAACCACCUGCGGUUUGAUGUGAAGAGUUUGCUUAGACCAUCCAGACCUCCAGUACAAAGGGGUAGAUGCACGACAUCAAAACCUUUUAAAGAAACAUCAGUGUCACUUUCCUCUUCUGUGGCAAAAUUGCAGCAUGCUGGGCCUUUCGUACAGAUGUUUCAAACAGCUGCAUCUUUUGGUGAGCUGUCAGAGGCACUCAGAAAAGCUAUUCUGUGGUGCAAAGGCAAUAAACUCAAAUCAGCAGCUUAUUUUCUGCGCAGCAAGUUGUUGAAAAGCAAUCGGCUGCACCACGUGGAGGCGCAAGGAUGCAGCUUGCAGAAGAAACUGUGCUGUGUCAAAACAACGCUCUGUAAAUACCUCCUGCGGGGCUCACAGAACACACGCUGGCCAAGGCAGUACCAUGGGGCAUGGUUCUUUCAAAGGAGGGCAAAAUUCUCCAAGUGCUCAAAGAGAAUUCUGAAGACUGUUCAGCAAAAACAUUCUGAGCUUUUUGGGGACCAUGUGAGCAGUGUUUCACCCAUCGUGAGGCCUUCAAGUUGGAAAGGAUGUCCCAUCAUUCAUACAGCCUCUGUGAAACAAAGUACAGCAGGGACUCCUGAACAGCUGCUGUUAAAAGAAAGCCCCAAGUCUGUGCACGGAGAUUCUGAGAAUGUGGAUAUUGAUUCUAUUUUUGCAGUAAUGGGUGUCUGAUUCUGGACUAGGAAGAAGAAACAUGUCUCGUUUUUCUAAGUAGAACUCGGAAUGCCUCUUAAGUGUCUUGGUACCUCAUACACCAAGUUCUGCUAACAAAGGAAUAACUAUCUUAUUUUUUUUUUAAGUUUUUUUUUUUUUUCCUUUUUUAUGGAACAGUGUUAAAAACAGAUAAGCAAUCUUUAUCCUUUUACCCAGCCUUGUCCAGGGACUGCAGCUUUGAGUUACUUCCUACUCAGUGCCUUUUCCCUUUUGCUGGGACCACCUGUUAUUCGUGCUGUGCAUUCAACAGCACUUAAUUACCACCCAAGGCAGAAAGCUGCAGCUGAUCACUUGCUGCUGCUCAGGCCUAAAGAUCUGCCCCUUCUCCAUAAAGUGUUAUAACUCCUCUCUUGCUGUUUGUACAGACAACAGCCUUGACUUGCAGUGUUUUCACCGUUCUAUACUUGUUAUCCUUGUCCUGAAAAGAAGUUAACCAAAUCCUGCUGCUUUGGAAAUAGGGCAAAGCACAGCCAGAGCCUGCAAGAGUAAACCUACCUUUGAACAAGUCCUCCAGUGUCCUGAAGUCUUUUCAGUAUGCAAUUUUUGCCUGCUUGGCAAAGCAAAGUGUAGCUAUUCCAGCACAUAUUUAUUGCUUGCUCUAACACCAUUUCACAUGCUUAGUGCUUUCCAUCAGGCUCUUAAUUACCUGGUGAUCCUGAUCUUGGGGUUAUUUAUUUGAAAAACUUCUCUGAAUGAAGUCAAACCAGCUUUAUAGCUGAGCAUCUGCCCAACAGGGGUAAGGAAGGGGUCUAAGAGCAAGUAAAUCUGGAACAGGUUAAUUUCAGUUCUCUAAACAUACGGUAGAGAACAGCAGAGCUAUGUCUACUAGGACAGAAACUGCACUUCAGAGCCCAUGAAAUGCUAGAAGAGCUCAUACUUUUUUAUGUGCCCUGUCUUAACUGGUCAAUAUAAGUUCAGUCUCUGAAGAGUGGGCACAGACUUGAGCUGUUUUAUUCAAGGAUUAUAUACAGAGCAGAAUUUUGAAUAGUUUGGGCUUGAAAACUUCAUUCGUCCAGUUAACCAAGAUCUAUUUUCCAGGUUUCUUGUCAACAGAAUACCUAGCAAUAACCAAAGUAAAGAAGAACUUGUCACGGGCCUUCUAGAUGCCAGAUUCAACAGUCCCACAGCAAACAGACUUCUCACCUUUAAAGAAUCCUUAGAGCUCAUUUCUCAAAUUCACAGAAUGGUAUAAAAACACGUUAGGAAUAACACGUGCAAUCAGGUAACACCUGGCUGCUUUGAAUGCCUACCACAAGAGGUUGAGAGGCAGGGCAGAUAUCCCAGCAGCAAUGAUCUCCACCUCAAAUAAACCCCUGAAAGCAACACACGUGACAUUUCUUCUUCUUACAGGAGCCCACAGCAUGCCCCCGUGAAGCCUGUACGCAGCAUCAAGAUCCAUAAUUUGCUUCAUCAAAGGCCUUUCUGGCACGUUUCAGUUCUUCAUUCAUAGUCAGAAGGUCUUUAACUCUGGCAAACUUCCGGGGGUCCUUCCGGAUUAGGAAGACAAUGUCCUCAACCUGUACACGGCCCUGCCGUCCAAUUGACAUGGCCUUAUGUGUCUGCAAGAGAGAAAAAUCAGUGUUCCUCUACCCCUUUUAGUUUUUUUCUGAUCUCAAUCCCACUGUAUUCCCUGUCAUUUUUAACAGUCUAGAAGCAGCAAGUGCAGGAUGUGGGCAUUGCCAUCCAAGUCCCAGAAGAACUUACAAGUGCAGUACCUCAUAUGCGUUGAGUACCACUCUACAGGAAUGCCUUUGGAACUGAAGCCGGACUGGGGAGAACACACGCAGCGGACAACCUUUCAAAACUGAGCCAUUUGUCAGCAGAACACAUAGUGAUGCCACAGGGUGCCUCAAAGUCAGCUGUAGAUUUUUUCCUCUGCUACUUAAAGGCUCCAAACUCUGCCCUAAAUCCAUGUGCAAUAAAGUGCAUUAAUUUUGUCUUAA